GUGACAGACUGUAUACACCGUGUUCACUCAUGGUUAACUCGGGGGUCGGAACUCUUUCCCCUCAGCUUCAACGCUCCUCGACAUGACGUCACUGCUGGACAAAGCAGAAGGAGUGGUCUCUCGUGAACCACCCAAAUUCAAUGGUUCAUACCCACACUCUGAAAGAAAGGAAAAAGAGUGGAAAAACCCUCCUGUGAAUUUGGCUAAACAAACUGUUAUCGAGUGGGCAGCAGUUUCUGUGCUGAUGCUGGGUGUUACCGACAGAGGAAUGAACUACUGUGGAAAAUAACAUCAUCGUUUUGUGCAGUGUUGCUGGACGGAGGAAAAAAAAAGAUUUACCGCCGCCGGGAUUUUUGUUGGUUUUUAAGUUCCGUCCUCCUAACAUGCGCUGUGUCUGAAGAAGUUUCAACCCACGGUUUGAAUCCACCCUGGAAGACCAUGCUGUCCCUCCUGCUUCCUGUGAUGCUCGCCGUCCAAGCUAUGGCUGUGAUGGAAGUUGAAGUCCCAGAGCAGCCAGUGGUGGUGCUGCAUGGCAGGGAAGCCAUACUCAACUGCUCCUUCAGCCACGCUGGCCCCUUCAACCUCUCAGAUUUGAGCGUCUUCUGGCAGCUGACCGACACCAAACGCAACGUGCACGCAUACUGGGAAGGGCAUGACCAGCUGGCCGACCAGGCCGAGAGAUUCGCCAACCGUACCAGCCUGUUUCCUGGCCAGCUGGGCCUGGGCAAUGCUUCGCUCCUGCUGAAGAGGGUGGUGGUGGCAGAUGAAGCCAGCUACACCUGCUUCGUCAGGGUGCAAGACUAUGGCAGUGCUGCUCUGACACUGCAGGUGGCCGCCCCCUACUCCAAACCUGUGGUGACUUUGCAGUCUGAAUCCGAUUUGCGGCCAGGUGAUGAAGUGGCCCUGACUUGCACAGCCUAUGGUGGUUUUCCUGAGGCUGGUGUGAUAUGGCAGGAUGGGGGCGGGCACAACCUCACAGAAAAUAUCACUACUUCAGUGGUCGCCAAUGAGGAGGGGCUGUUCACCAUGACCAGUGUGCUGACAGUCAUUUUGGAGCCCAAUAGCACCUACAGCUGCCGACUGAUCAACCCUCUUCUGGGGGAGGAAGGCUACGCUUUUGUCACAAUCACAGGUGGGUACUGGCCUUCAUCUCCCUUUAAUAGUAAAUUUAGCUCUUUUAGUUAAUGUUGGCAAAGUAAACUGGCUAAUAUUCACUAGCUCCCUG